AUGAAUAAAGAAGUCUUAAAGGGCUUACUUUCAAUUUUGUGCAAAUUGAAAAGUGCACCAGACCAGGAGGUGAGAAUCCUUCUUCUGGGCUUGGAUAAUGCUGGCAAGACUACUCUUCUGAAGCAGCUGGCAUCUGAAGACAUCAGCCACAUUAUACCUACACAGGGUUUUAACAUCAAAAGUGUACAAUCACAAGGUUUUAAACUGAAUGUGUGGGACAUUGGCGGACAGAGGAAAAUCAGACCAUACUGGAGGAAUUAUUUUGAAAAUACCAAUAUUCUUAUAUGUGUAAUUGACAGUGUGGACAGAAAAAGAUUUGAAGAGACAGGUCAGGAACUAGAUGAAUUACUGGAGGAAGAAAAGCUAAGUUGCGUGUCUGUGCUCAUCUUUGCUAAUAAGCAGGAUUUGCUCACGGCAGCCCCUGCCUCUGAAAUUGCAGAAGGACUAAACCUGCAUACCAUCCGUGACCGGAUUUGGCAGAUCCAGUCUUGCUCAGCUCUCACAGGAGAGGGCGUUCAGGAUGGCAUGAACUGGGUCAAUGCAAAGAAGAAGUAAAAUCUAGACAAAUGGAGAUGCAGGAGCUGUGGGAGCCAAAUUGGGUCCUGAAAAACACUAAUUUGCUGCUUUCUGACCAAAUGUUUUUCCAUCUGUGUAUAGCUACAGCUGUUUGAAGAGAGGGAACAACACAGUUUACAAAGAAUCCCCAUUCCAGCAGUAGAUUUAACUGAUCUCUGAGGUUCAGUAUCAUUUUUCAAAUAAAGGAAU